AUGGCCCCUAGCACGACACACACAGCUUUCGCAGCGCUCGGGUACGCCCUUCUGUUGCUCAACCAAGCCUUCCACGCCUCCGCGUGCACAUGCCUCGCCCAGUACAUCACGCCCUGCGAAUAUGCCCAGGGGAUCUUCACGACCACAACUGUGGUCUUCCGAGGCACCGCGCUGUCCAAGUCUGCGCAGACGGACAUCAACGAAGACGUCACCUUCACCGUCCAGGUGAACGCUGUCUACAGCGGUGACGUCGACGGCCAAGACGAGAUCAGCUUUGUCACCGGAGGCAACAGCGCCAUCUGCGGCGUCGACCUCACCAUCGGAGAGGAGUACCUCCUUGGCCUCUACCCGGCCGGGGACGACCCGUUCGAUUCUACCGGCGGCGGCACGGCCGGCCAGCUGACGGUGGGCCUGUGCGAUCUGGCGCGGGUCUGGAGCGAUGUCCCGGAUGACGAGAAGGCCGACCUGGAAGCCGGGUGCGGUGAAUGUGACGUAUCGUGCGGCGAGUUUCAGGAAUGCCUGCUGUACGAAGACGGACUGGAAUCGGAGUACUACUGCGCGGACACCUGCGACGACCCGGACCGGUGUGCGGACAACGAGACGUGCGUUCUGACCGAGGUUGCGUGCAUCCGCGCACCGUGCCCGCCCGUGGCAUCUUGCGAAGCGACCGAAAACUGCGAUGGAGCCUGUGAUGACACUCAGGAGUGCCUCCAGUAUGCCAGAAACGGCAAGUACUACUGCUCCGACACCUGCGACAGCCCGGCCGCGUGUGAGGAGGGAGAGGAGUGUUCCACCCGGCCUCGGAAGUGGUGCCGCAGCAGCGGCUACGACGGUUGUCCCGAGAAGCGCCGUUGUCGCUAA